AGGGUUAAACAUUCUUUACUUAGCACCACCAUUUCUUUGUCACAGAGAGAGAAACUCAAAGAAAGCAAAGUAAUAUGGCGGUUUGGAUCAAACCGUCUGUAGCAAUAAUUAUGUUUCUCCUCCUUCAAUGUUCUGAAUAUUCAUUAGCAGCUUCAACACUAGAAACCUUCGCACAAUGUGUCUCCCUUAACUCCGACCUUUCUGUUCUUCCACUUUCAACAAUAUUCUUCGCCGCAAAUGAUACUUUCUUCACUACUAUUCUCCAAUCUUCCGCACAAAAUCUCCGCUACUUGGUGCCAUCAGCGCCGAAACCCGAGUUCAUCUUCACGCCAUUGCAUGAUUCCCACGUCCAAGCCUCCGUGAUUUGCUCCAAACAGCUCGGACUACAUCUGAGAGUCCGAAGCGGAGGCCAUGACUACGAAGGCCUUUCUUACGUUUCCGAGAUCGAAAGGCCUUUCAUAAUUGUAGAUCUUUCGAAUCUUCGAGUAGUUUCCGUCGACGUCGAAGAAAACACUGCAUGGAUACAGGCCGGUGCCACUAUUGGUGAAGUUUACUACAGAAUUGCAAAGAAAAGCAGAGUACACGGGUUCCCAGCCGGGCUUUGCACGAGUUUAGGCAUUGGCGGGCACAUAACUGGUGGAGCUUAUGGCUCUAUGAUGAGAAAAUACGGCCUAGGCGCUGACAACGUUGUAGAUGCGAAAAUUGUCGACGCUAACGGGAAAAUUCUAGACAGAGCGGCCAUGGGAGAAGACUUGUUUUGGGCGAUCAGAGGCGGCGGAGGAGCCAGCUUUGGCAUCAUUCUUUGGUGGAAGAUUAAACUCGUUCCUGUUCCGGAAACCGUGACGGUUUUCACCGUUGCAAAAACUUUGGAACAAGGAGGUACAAAGGUUCUUCACAAGUGGCAACAAGUUGUUGACAAGCUUGACGAAGAUCUCUUUAUUAGGGCCAUUAUACAAGUGGCUAACGCCGGCGAAAAAGGUCAGAAAACCAUUGUCACUGCUUACCAAGGCCUGUUUCUUGGUGGAGUUGACAAACUUCUGCAAAUCAUACGACAGAGCUUCCCCGAACUGGGUUUAACAGGCAAGGAUUGCGUCGAAAUGAGUUGGAUCGAGUCCGUCCUCUACAUCGCAAGCUUUCCGACCGGAACUCCACCCGAAGUUCUUCUCCAGGGGAAAUCCACAUUCAAGAACUUCUUCAAGGCGAAAUCGGACUUCGUAACAGAACCGAUUUCCGAAACCGCGCUCGAGGGUCUGUGGAAGAAGCUGAUGGAGGAAGACUCUCCGUUGACAAUCUGGACUCCUUAUGGCGGAAUGAUGAGCAAGAUUUCGGAGUCCGCAAUCCCUUUCCCUCACAGAAACGGCACAGUUUUCAUGAUCCAGUGGCUGUCAUUGUGGCAAGAUGGAGAGAGAGACGCAGGAAAGCACAUGAACUGGAUUAGGAAGCUUUAUGAUUACAUGGCUCCUUAUGUUUCGAGGUUUCCGAGGCAAGCGUACGUGAAUUACAGAGAUCUUGACCUUGGGAUGAACAAGAAGAACGAGACUAACUUCAUAGAGGCGAGUGGUUGGGGAAACAAGUACUUCAAGGAUAACUUUGACAAGUUGGUGCUGAUUAAAACCAUGAUUGAUCCCGAUAACUUCUUCAGGCAUGAACAAAGCAUUCCGCCGCUUCCGCGCCCGUCUUCCCAAAGCAUGGGUUGCUCUGAUUCGGCUUGAUUUGUGUUUUGGAGAUCAGUUGGUUUGCCUAGCUAUACAAUAUGGUGUUUUGGUGAUGAUCAAGUUUUUUUACUCGUGAGAUGUGAAUGGGAAAAAUGUAUUGUCUUGUGCAUCUUCCUAUAUAUGUAGUCGCGUCAUAGAAAAUGUUUAUUUAAGUUGUGGAUGUUUAUUAAAA